ACUUUUACGGGAGAUCUUCAUGAGACGCAGAAACAAAGGGUGAUUCUCAGCUACAGACACAAAAAGGAGAAAAUACACAUUGUUCUAGCACAAGCUGUGUGCAGUGGCAUCCACAGAGACUUUUGGAAGAUGAACUCUUCCUUGACUGAUAUGAUCCUUGCUAUUCAUCUCUGUUUAUUCUAAGCGUUAGUAACUUUUUGUUAACAUAAUGUCUAGUACAGUGGGACCCGGAGCUCUCCUGUGGUCCCAAGGUACUACUGCAAUAGAAUUAAUAGCAAUAAAUAUCCUGCUUUAAAGCAGCAGAGAAAUAAAAGUUCAAUUAUUAAUACGAUGGCUUGAUAGUUCACCCAAAAAGAAUAGUUCUUUAAUUUUGGAUCAUCAUUGCUUAUCUUUCCAAUGUAUUUGCUUUUAUUGUCACGGCUACAUUCUGUUGCCAUCGUGUUUUGUGUGAUGGAGGCUCUGCCUCUAGGCAUAUAUUUCACUUAGUGUUCAGGAUCCGUUUAUUGCUUACCCUGUUUGGAAAAAUUCAGUUAUCUUCAGGUGAAGCUGCCAGAGAUGAAGCGCUUUACUGCCCAUUGCCCAGGUUAGCUGGGAACUGUCAUUGCUUAUAUACACCUGUACUGUUUUCUUGCUGUUCUUCAUUGUGCCUUAAUAUGUUAAGUGACAUUGCAGUUGGUACGGAGUCUACAAGGAGUGUGGAGCAGUAGAUAAUCAUACAGGGCGCAACAGGUUUACGUGGUCUGUGAACACAAGGAAAGUGCACCAUGUUCAGGAAACCACAGUGUGAAAAUCUGUAGUGAAAGACUAUGCCAUAAUUCAUAAAUGUGACAAGAUAAAGUUACAGGUACAGAGAAAGUAAAACUGACCUUUUUUUAAGUAUCUAGCUGUGAAAAAUUAUGUUUUGAGUGUAGUUCUUUUGAUGUCAAAGGUUGUAGAUUUUAUUGUUUGUGAGAACUGGGAUUGCUGUAGCAGCUGAGAGUGAAUAGUGAGUAUCACCUAUUUAGAAAAAAACACAACUUGCUGCUGACUAAGUAUUUUCCUAGUGGUUCAGUACUGUGGAAUUUAAAUAAUAUUUAGAAAACAAAUAAAGCUUCGUUAAACCUCUGUGGAAGCAUAUUAACUAGUUAAUCUUGGGCUCUGGAUGGUGAAGAACAUUAUCCCCAAGCUGCAAAUGAGGAUAUAGAAAGUGACUCUUUGGCCACUGUUUAUGCGAGUCACUGUCACAGUCAAGAUCACAGCCUGGGGUUUUGGCUUGCACUUUCAAAACCUAUUGUGUGAUUUUUUUAAUUUUUUUUUUUUUAUUAAGCUGGAUUGGGUCUGAUCCUCUUAGCGAGGCUGUGAUUAGAGAGAGCCCCUGUAACUGGUUAGGUGCACCUUAAGUUCAAAGUUCGGACGCAUUCUUCAGCUGAUGGGUGUCACGGAGAAAUGCUUGUGAGUGCUCUCUGUUCCUUGUCUUGUUGUUUGAUUUUAUUAAUGUGUCAAGCUGAGGUUGGUAGGAAUCGACAUUUCAAGAGUGUUUCCAAAGGGCAGCAAGAAACACAAGCUGUGUGGAUCCUCGCGGCAGAAAGUGGAGAGCCAAUUUUGCAUGUCCCUUAAGUGAUCGCUCUGCAGCCCGUGUGUUUAGGAAUGCAGUUCAAUUUGGCAGCAUCGGGGCUAGACUUUGCCCAGCCAGGCUUGGUUUGGGAAAGGACUGAGUCUACGCUGCUGAAAAGCCAGUAUUGCCUCUGAGCGCAACGCUGCUGUUCGCUCCCUCUGUGUGGGCUGUGCCCCGAGGGCUGACAUCAUCGUCAUUUUUACAGUUUCUCUCCCCAGAACAAAACAAGGUCUUGGUUUGCUGCCCAGGAAGGGGAUGUUUCUUGGAUGGGAUCGCUGGAGUGGAGAUCCCUGCAGCAUAUUCCUCUAUAGGUCAAGAAGGAAGCAGGCUUUAGUUAUAGUUGUUUGUGGUGUUUGUGGUGUGUUAGUGUUUUUAUUGCCGAUAGAGAUUUGUCAGGACCACAGAGACACUGGCACGGAGUUGCAGUGAUGAAGGAUGUCUUGAGUAAGACACCUCCCUGCGGCCUGGUCCUCAGUGGAAAUGGCUUGACGGACUGUUGGGAGAGGAGAUGAUGGGCUGUGCGUGGCGCUGGGGCGGGAGCAGCCGCUGCCAUGGCCCCUGCUGAGCAGCUGUCUCCCCACCGGUCCGUCCCUGCUGCGCUGCCGGCAGUGCGAGGAACUCGUGGGAGCUGACGCAGCUCUCGUGCGUGGGCCUGACUUUCAGCCGGGCGUCCAUGAGACCAGGAGCGAAGCAGAGCGGUGUGAGAGCACGGCCCUGCUUCUGCUCCUUCCCACCGCCCCGUCCUGGGGGUGUUCCCAGGCACGGGGACGGGGGCUGAGCCCAGCAGCCCCCUGUGGGGGAGACGCUUCCUGCAUGAGGGCAGGGACAGAGCCUCCUCCAGUCCCACCGGCCCCAAACUCUCCUCAGGCUGCCAUUAACCAGUUGCGUUUUCCUGACUGGUUAAGUUCAUGUGCUACAAUAAGCUGCGUUACGUGCCACAGGCGUUCCUGCCCAGCUCAUAUUUUACAUGUUGGUUGUGAUUUGACUUUCCAAAAGAACAGUAUUAAAGAGUGCCAUUAUUUUGGGUGUUUAUUUCCUUCUGUGUUUACAAGUAUUGUUUAGGAAAAGUUUAAUUUUUUUUUUUUUAUGGACACCCUUUCACUUUAUUUUCCAUUGCUUAUAACAAAUUAUCACAUUUUUGUCAGAUAGAUUUUUAAAAGGUGCAAAAGUAAAUAUGUUCUAAAUUGCCGUUUGUCACCACAUUUCAUGAGUUUUGGUAAAAAUAAAUUACAAAUUGCCUAUAGAAGCCAGGAAUAAAAGUGCAUGUGCAGAAAAAAUAGCAAUAUAGUUGAGACUGAUGUUUUUCUAUGUAUUAUGGGGUUUCUUUUCUGUGUUUGAGGACAUCUCAUGUAACAGGGUUUUGGUUGACUUGAUGAGAAACUGCUGGAGUUGGGCUUGGGACUUUUUGAUUUAAAACAAAGAGGAUCUAACCAUAAAAGAAGGGCUGGAGUUUUGCAAGCAGACCCUGCUUGUGCACACAGUUCUGUUCUGAGGGUAGAAACGUGUUUUUUCUCUGUGGACCUUGUUGUGCAAUGGAGAAGUUGUCUGUCUGAAUAAAUGUGCAAUUUGGACAUAAUAGCCUUUUGGGUGUUUGAAGUGGAAGCAAAAAAUAAUACACUGGUCAUUUUGAUUCAGAGUCACAGUAACUGAAUGGUAACCGUCAUGAGGAAAAACUUAAGAUAACUCUUGAUGUGGAUCAUUGUUCACUUGUGGUUUGUAGGAAAAGUGUGCUGGGGCACUUCUGGGAGUGCUGCUCCAGAGUCAACCAACAGAAAACACAAACCACUCCAGGAGCCUCUGGGUUGCUUCCCAUGAGAAGUUUUCCUGGAUAGUUUGCUGUAAAAGCCUUUUGCAUUUCUAGAUAGAGGUUGCAAGUUUUUCCUUCAGAGCUCCUCCACAAUCAAGACCCCUUUCCAAUGGGCUUACGAAGACCUGUUUGCUCACAUCUAGAAAAGUGCAUUUUAAUCAGUAUUUUCAUUCCACCGCUGAGGAUCUGUUCACGCCCAAAGAUCUGGUGUUUGCUCAUCCAGAAAAUGUGACACUGAAUUGCUUAAUAAGGUUUGUGACUCGUUACACCCUGCUUGAGUAGCAGCACAGAGAGGAUGCAUCAUCGCCACUAAUCUUGUCAGGAAUUGCUCCUUGGGGCUGGCUGGAGGGGAGCAGAGGGUGGAGUUCAGCCUUUCAGCCCUCCUGAGCUGAGGCUUGUCUGCUGCUUCAAAUUUGCCUUCUUUCCGUCCAGUGUGUGAUGGAAGCUGGAGUAUAUCCUUUUUAAAAGUCAGAACUAAAAAAACACUGAAGAAUCAGCGACUUUUUUUUUUUCCCUGUCUUUGUUGGCAUUAAAAAAUAUUUUAUAUCCUGUUUUCACUGUCUUUUACAUCAAUGGUUGAAAGCAGUAUUUGGUCUGUGACUUUACAGGAGGUAAGUUUAUUUGUGUUUGUAUGUAUCAGCGGUGUUUGUCCCUUUUGGAAAUGCAGUAUCCUCCUUUUAAAAGCUAACCAGAGUUCACCAGCUGCUUUUUGUAACAGGAAGGAGGAAUUUCGGAAAGAGGAAUCUCUUAUUUUCCUGACCGUAGAAACUGAGCGAUGCUGAAGAGAAGGAAAUUGUUGUUGUAGUCAGUAAAUUGUCGGUGGUGUGUCGAGAAAAGGCAGGAAGCUGUCUGUUUACAUCAAGGACGACCAGCAGGUCUGACGAGUUGGCUUAUGCCAGGUUACAAAACGCUGUCUGUGAUGCGAGUCCUGCUGUAACGAACCAUCUCCAUCUGUUGAACUUUAUGCCAUUGCGAGUUGUAUUUUUAUAAAGCCCUGUAAAUAUUUCAGAGCCAUUGGAAAUAGUUUGCUACAUAUGGAAGGAGCUGUUUGCUAUUUUUGUCUUUACUGUGUAACGUUAGGUUUUAUUUAGACUUAAGCAGAUUAAGAGUUUCCUUCUGAGGAAGGAGGCAGUUUUUCACUGCUAGGUCUGGGGGGAGGAGCUGGAAAAGACAAACCAUCUAAUCGCACAUACUGCCCUGUGUGGAGGAAGAGUAAAGGUGCCCCUAUUAGGAGACUUUCAGCUGGAAAUUAAAAGUAUGGUGAACGAGGUAAAAGCAUCUCUUAGCUAUUGACUGGAUGCCCAAGAGGGAAAACCGCAGGCUCCAAGAAGCAAGCAUGCGGCUGGAGCAGGAGAACGAUGACCUUGCCCAUGAGCUUGUAACGAGCAAAAUUGCCUUACGGAAUGACCUGGACCAGGCUGAAGACAAAGCGGAUGUGUUGAACAAGGAACUUCUCCUGACCAAACAGAAGCUGGUGGAGACUGAAGAAGAGAAACGGAAGCAGGAAGAGGAAACUGCUCAGCUGAAGGAAGUCUUCAGGAAGCAGCUAGAGAAGGCAGAAUCUGAGAUCAAGAAAACCACAGCCAUUAUUGCAGAGUAUAAACAGAUUUGUUCCCAGCUGAGUACCAGGCUGGAAAAACAACAAGCGGCCAGUAAAGAUGAACUGGAAGUUGUGAAGGGUAAAGUGAUGGCCUGCAAACACUGCAGUGAGAUUUUCAGUAAGGAGGGGGCACUGAAGCUGCCUGCUGUAAGCACGGAGAAUAAAGGCAUAGAAACAGAUGAUGAAAAGGAUGCACUGAAGAAGCAGCUGAGAGAGAUGGAGCUGGAACUUGCACAGACCAAACUGCAGCUGGUGGAAGCCAAGUGCAAAAUUCAGGAGCUGGAGCACCAGAGAGGAGCCCUUAUGAAUGAAAUCCAAGCUGCCAAAAACUCUUGGUUUAGCAAAACCCUGAACUCUAUCAAAACGGCCACAGGCACACAGCCGGCGCAGCAGCCCCAGCCGCCCCUGCCACCCAAAGAGGGCAGUACAUAGUUCCAGCCAGACCCGAUACCAGAGCACAAAGAACAACACAUCCGAAACCCUGGAGGAUUCUUCCAGUGGUCUCUCCUCUUGGGGAAAGGACAAAAGGCAGGAGUGCAGGCUUGAAGUGAAAUUCUUCAGUGUUUUUCAUUCAUUCUGAUGUGACCCUUUCCAAAGGGGACAAAAAAAUAAUUCCUGUUUUCUGUUGAAUUCCUACUUCCCAAACUGCCUUGCUGAAAGCCACGUUCUGAUACCUUCAUACUUUUACACUUUAUUUUAUAUGACUAGAUGUUAAAUAAAUACUUCAAAACUAGGUCUUUAAUACAUGACUAAUUAUUCAAAAUUAUUUUUAUCUUGCAUAGAAGGUUUUUUCUUCUUCUGGAGGAAGAGAGAGAAUGGAAAAUGUAAAGUACUGAAGCAUAAUCUCUUCAUAGAAAGCACAGUCGAAUAAGUACUAGCGUGUGUGCGGGUGUCCAGGAUAACUGAUGCCCUGGGGCCAUCUCAGAAGUUUAUCGCAGUGACUGCGUCCUGCAGAGAAGCACUUUUUGUAAAGCUUAGGCCAUAGCAAAGAUAGUCUUGUGCUGUCUUGGCACAAUCGUUUAUGAGCUUCCCUGAUACUUUCUUAGUUUUGAUUGUUUUUUCUUCGGAAAUGCAAGUAGUGCAGUUCUUUGUAGCACUGUUGUUUAAAGGCUAUUUACAGCUGAACUGGAAUUUAACAUAAAGUUAUCUAGUUCCCUUUUUUAUUUCAUGUUUAUACUAAGAAUUCCAAGAAAUAAUUUCUUCCACUAGGGUAAAGGGAAAACUGUUCAACCUUUAUUUGAUGGUUUUGCUGAGAAGCAGAGUAAAGACCUUGCAUAGUUUUGACCUUUUGUGAAUCCUGUGCAAUACAGGGUGGGUUUUAUGAAUAAAAUUAAUGAAAACCUUUCCCUGGGUCUAUAGUCAGAUUCUGAAUUUGACAGAGAAAUGAGGUAUCAAAUAAAAAACCCAGAAGGCUUGCGCAGCACUGAUGAAUAAAACAUCACAGAAGCAAGAUCUGUUUGCUAGAAGUAUUUGGUUAGGAAAUGCUACAUUGGUAUUACUUAUUUUUAUAAAAACAAACAUUUUCAAGUGGAAUACAAAACCUAGACUUUCCCCUGGGGUAGACUUCUCUGAUGAUUCCCAAACCUGUCUGGUUGUUUUAUAUCUCUUAAGGUAAGAAAAUUCAAAAGCGUUUGUUUUGAUUGAACAUGAAGUGUUUAUAAAAAUACUUAUUUCAUGCAAAAUUAAACUAUUGCUUGAACUGAUGGAAUAUUUUUUUAAUUAUACCUGUCAUGUCUAAAGAUGGUCUUGCAGGUAAAUAUCAUUGCUGGACUAAACGUUGUGUAUUAAUUGUUCCAUUUACAAAAUUGUUCCAGGGACGUUAGUUGUGUUUUCAUCUUUUUUUUUAAUUCUAAGGAAUGCCAUACCUUGUCAGUUUUGUACAAUAAAAUUUAAUGAUACCCAUCUUGUGCUUUGUUGUCAAGCAUAAUUGUGAAUUAUUUUAAACAGGGUAGUACAAAUUUAACGUUACCUGUGCCAAAGGAAUGAUUCUGAAAGGCAGUCGGCUGUUUGAAGUAGAGAUCAAAAUAUAAUCACUAUCCUGACACAACUGUCCUGCCACGAAAUUCUCUCUUCUAAGCGUAAGGAGUUAAAAAAUGUUAAUAUUUUUAAAUGUACUUGCAAGAACAGUGAUUAUCUGGAAAUAUUAAUACAAGGAGAAAAAAAUGGGAGAAAAAGCAGAAGGAACUUCUUUUGCAAAUAUUAACAAAGAUCUUUUUUCCCUGGUCACUUUCUUGCUAAUAAUAUUUGCAUAAAUGCUUCCAUUCUCUUGACAGUCUAAACUUAGCAUUAGUCAUUCACUUACCAGUACCGCUUCACACUUAAAAUAAACUGCAUAGUACUUUUGAACUGACAUUUAAGGAUACAUUUGAUUGUUACAUUUGAGAGCACGGUGCUGAUGAGCGAUACUGAUGGUUUGACAAGUGUCCGAAUUUCUCAUUUAUCUUAAAUCAUACUUAGAAGUGGAUUUAAAAUCUUGAUUGGAAAAAUGCAGUAAUAAAAUUAUUAAGACUCUGAUUCCAUGAGCAGCUGAGUUAACAGCUCACUGCUGCUCAAAGAUCUCAGCUCUCCAGCUUCCUGUUGUACAGUCGUGUCCCCGUCCUUGUUAUGGCACUUACUGGAGAUGAUUAAAAAUAAAAAAAUAUGUGGGUGGAUUUUUUCCCCCCCCAAUUAGUCUUUUGCCAAAUUAUGAGUUAAAUCAUCUCAAAGGGUCCAAUGAGCGCAAGCGGAUCACGGCAGUGGGACUUCCGCAGUUCAUCAAAAAAGAACCGUUAAACAAGCUCACCACGUUUCACGGAACUAUCUUUGACACAACAUUGUCUUUUCAGUGUAGCAGCUCUCUGACUUUGGAAGUUGAGUUUCUGUGACAAAAACAUGUUCGCUACCUGUUAACCGUGAUGAGUUUAAAACCUUGUAGGAUGGAAGCUGACUUACAUCAGCAGAAAAAAGGUUUCGGAAGGCAAUGGCUGCAUUAUCACUCUUGGCAAUGACACAAAGUCAGUAAACAAUUUUCACCUUUCAUCUGUAGAUCCAAGGUAGCGUUUGUAGCAGUGGCAUUUGGAAGAGUAGUAUUUACAUGGAACCUGUGUCUUCUCAAAAUUACUGAAAGAAUAAGAAAAUAUCUAUGACGUUAUCUUGAUUGAAUAAGCAUAGUUAUAUUCAGAAACAAGGCAAGGAGCAAGACCGCAGCAUUAAACCAGGCAAGCUAAAGUUCUACCUGCUGACCAUACAUGCUAUUGGGAAACUUAGCUUCCUGUGAGAAAAAAAAAUCUGGGGUUUAAUUAGCCCUUUCAGCAGUGUGUGACAGAUCUACGUGCACACGUAUCCCAGACAGACUGAUCUGUCGGGGAUAGCUGGCUCUUUGUUUAGCUUUUCAGCAGGAAACGUCAUCAAAGUCUUACUGAAACAGUUGUUUUCGUGUGGCACUGGAACAGCUAACAUAGCUCCGAAGUCUGGAGUGGUUAGUAUUUUUUUCCUGAAUCAGUAUUAAAAUAUCUGUCCACAUCAAACUUACAGUAAAAGUAAUUUGAAUUUUAUAAAUGUAUGUGUGGAACUAAAUCUUAUUUUUUAAUUUAUUGAGAAUGCACAAUUCUGAAACAAAGCCUUUACUUUGAUUAGGGACAAACCUCCAAAGAAUAUUUUUAGUACAACUGUUUUAUCUUGUUGGAUUCUAAUCUGUUCCUGAGAUGCCCAUUAGGGAGGGGGGGGAAAGAAGUACUUUUUUCACUUUAAAAAGAAGUUGGUUUUAUUUUGACUGUAACACUUUACAGGAUAAAUGAAGCAAGGCUGAUUUAGUUACAUGGUACAUCUGUGAACUAGUCUUGUAUUAUCUUUGUGAAUCAAACUUAAUAUUUGAGAGUAAUAGGACUUAUUUCACUUAGUUUAACAAAUCCUAAAUGUGCCCAGAGAGAAUAAAAAAUAAUAAAAUAGAAAAUAUCAUGCGUGGUGUUAAUCCAAGAAACUGCAAAAUCCCUGAGAUCCAUAUGCAUUAAUGUUUAGUAAAACCAGUCUCAGGAAAGGUAGUUGGCCAUGUAAUCAGUACUGCCAGCUGACACACACAUCCCUGUCCUGCCCAUUAAUUACUAUAUAAUUUGCUACAGCUAGGUUAACAUUGCUACAGCUAAGUUAAAUUGCUUACAUAGGUAAGCAAUUUUUUUUCCUUGUUAGACAUUUUAAAGGACUUCUCUUGGUUGGACCUUGAAAUUUCUUUUACAAUAGAUGCUUUCAUCUGUGCCAUUGUGUUAAAAACAACUCGAAAUAAAAACAGCCAUUUACAAGGGGAGAGAGAGACAAAAGAAAGUCAAGAACAGCAAGAAUUCAGCCCCUUCACAAAGCAUGAAGUAUUCCAUUGACUUGAGAGUCAUUAUGUCACUCACUGACUGAAUGGCAAUUUAGAAGUAAAUAAAAAUCUGAAUUUACUGGCACUGAAGUAUCAAAACUUGGAAGCUACUUAAGUCAUGCUUUCUCCACAGGAUAAAGGUAGGGCUGUUCCCUUCCUUCUAUUAAGUAGUUGCAGUGAAAUCCAUGAAACUACUUGUACGUGUGGGAGAACUAUACCUCUUACUUUGAUUUACUGUUAGACUCAGGGAUAAUUGGCAUACUUCUGCAUAAUCUAAUAAGCCUAAAUACCGUUGGCAUUGAAAACAGAAACUCUCUUAUCUUACAAUGCUGGUUUUCUUCCAACUGCUAGGGAGAAAACCUUCGUACAUGUUACUUUUGGAAUGUGAAGAUCAGGGCAGAGGUUCUCCUGAGACCGAGAGACUGUUUGGCUGACGAGCACGCUUCUGCCAGGGCUGAACCCUGCAGAGCCGGCCGUUGUGCAAACAGCUGGAUGCACAAGACACGUGAUGCUGUGAGUAUACACAGCGCCAGGCAUCACAUUGUUCUUGCAAACACAAAGGCUUGAACUAAAUUAUUUUUCCAUCUAUUACACUAAUAUCCUUCUGGGAGGUGUCCCUGCUCCCAAGUAAUACUACUAAGGGGAGACAACAAUGAAGCACUCGAGUUUGGACCUUUCAAGGUAGGUUAGGUACACAUCACAGCAGCCUUCAAAACUGGGCUAAUCCAUGGAUGGAUUUGGGGAAAUUCGAAGAAUUUGCAACUGGAUAAAUAAUACUCGGCAUUGAUCAAGAUCCUGUUUUUUCCAAGUCAAAAGUCUACAUAAUUUAUUUCAGGAUUGUGACUUAACAUGUACAGGUAAAUCCUCCAGGAAUACAGGGCUCUCCAUUGCCCCUGGAUUUCAACUGCUUUGCUACUGAAUGUAUUUCAUGCUAUUUUUACCUAAAAAGAAAAAAAAUAUGGGUAGAGAAUUAGGACCUUACUUCCUCUUAUUUUCUUAUUCGGUGGGACUUGCUUUUAUUUAACCUGUAAAGGAAUAUAUAUGUAUCUUUGGAAAACUAUAUCUUAUAUAUAGAAUAAUAUAUAGGAAACUGAAUCAUAAGGGGAUAAAUACAUCAAAAGGAUUUGGUAUCAUAAAUUUCAUUUGUGAUUUGAUACCACCAGAAUCCUGGGCUGUACUAAUUUCCUUUCAGUUUCUCUUAUUUUUAUAUUUUAUAUAAUACAUGGAUGGUACUACCAAUGCAAACAAGAGUAGAUGUUCUCAGAUUUUUCUCCAGAUCCCAGUUCCCUCCUUCCAGUAAUCCCUGGUCUUGCACUGCUUCUGACACCGCCUUCAAAAGCUGGGCCAGGAGCUCCCUCCAGCUUUGGGAAAUGUUGCUGCUUUCCCAUGGAAGAAGAUUCUCCGGCUUGUCUGAACUGGGAAAAUAUGGCACGCAGAUGCAGAAAAGGGUCUAAUCAAGCAUGACCUGGAUCCAGAUCCCUCACUCUGCCACUCAAGGUGGAUUCACUUCAGCACAUUGAAAACAGAGAGCGACUUCAAAGCUCUGACUCUGUUACGAUGAAGUUUUCCAGAUUUGGGGUUGUGUUUCUUACCUGGGUGCGUCCAAAGUACGUAAAAUAUACUUAAAUAAAGAGUUGGGGGAAAAGAGCAUCAGAGCGAUACCAGAUUUUUAACUGAGAACAAUUCAGUACUGCCAGUUCUUGUGUAACGAAUCCAUGUAUUAUGUAAAGUAUAACAUGGAAAUAUAAGUGUAAUGCUUGUUAUUAAAAGUGCAAUUCAAUGUACAUGGUCACAACAAAUGUUUACUUUUUUAAUUGUUACAGAAUUGUUUGAAUCAGUAUCUUGUUAUCAUUGUGUGAACAAUGCCUUGUAAAAUAAAUGGAAAUGGAAACAAAAUGGGAAUAAGA